UACUAUUCAGAGAAUAGAGAGCGAAGGGAAAAAUCCCUAUUCGGUGGGUAAUUUUUGGGCGGUAUAACGUUAUUCGAUAUUUUAUGAGCGAUUAUUAUUAUCGUUUGCGUCAGAACAAGAUGGCUGUUAACGCUUAGGCUACUAUUGAAAAUGGCAAUUUCCAUCUCGCAUGUUAGUAAUAAAUUAUUGAAGCUACAUAUCUGGAAAACCAGAAACGUAUAUCAUGGUCUCACAAACCUUUUCUCUCAAUUACGGCUGGAAAAAAAAUACACGUCAUUAUCUACAUUGAAGAUCGAGUGUUUGAAAAAUAGAUCAUUAAUACAGCUUUCGGGUCCAGAUACUUCUGCGUAUCUUCAAGGAUUAAUCACCAAUGAUAUUGGCCAUUUUCUUCAUCGUUCCCAUUCUUGUAUGUUCGCUAUGUUUCUGAAUCAGCAAGGACGUGUUCUUUACGACACCAUUCUCUACAAGAUUUCUUCCUCUCCAUCAGAAGAAUUUCUUCUUGAAUGUGAUACGACGGUUGUUUCUGAACUGAUCCGGCAUCUUCAGUUGUAUAAAGUUAGAAAAAAGGUUGAAAUUCUUCCUGUUUCUGAUAAGAUGGUCUGGUCCGCUUUCUCUCCGUUACCAUGGGAUUCUCUUGAUGUCUCGCCUACAAUGCGAUGUAGUGACCAGCUAGCUAAAAAUUUAAAGGCAACAAUGAUCUUAGAAGAUCCUCGCCAUGUUGGAUUAGGUUAUCGAAUUGUUUUACCAGCCAAUUCGCUGCCCAAACUGACUUCAGAAAAGGAAAUAGAAGAUUCAUACGAAGAGUUACGGUACAGGCUAGGAAUAGGAGAAGGCAUAGCAGAUCAUCCUCCGGGCAAGUGCUUUCCUUUGGAAUGUAAUUUGGAUUAUCUUCAUGGAAUCAGCUUUCACAAAGGCUGUUAUAUAGGUCAGGAGCUCACUGCUAGAAUUCAUCAUACGGGAGUUGUUAGAAAAAGAUUGAUGCCAAUUCGACUAGAAGUAGAAGAAAAAGAGAUUCCAGAAAACUGUAUAAUUCAUAACGACAAAAAUGAAAAUGUGGGAAGAUUUAGGAAAGGUAAAGGAAGAUACGGAUUAGCAUUAUUGAGGAUUGCUGAGAGUUUGGCGGCGAAAUAUUUGGUAUUGAAGGAUUUGAACAUAAAAUUGGAAACGAGAAAACCGUUCUGGUGGCCGAUAGAAGCAGCCAAAAGUCAUUAAUAAUUGCAGAGAUUUCGUUAUAUUUACAAAUUAUAUUUAAGUUUUUCAAGAAAGAAUAUACGAAUUAUUUUAAUAGUUUUAAAUUAAUUCAUAAAACUUCAACAGCAGAAUAAAUAUUAUAGAGAAGAGAAAAUUUUAAAUUUCAAAUACUGAAAUGCAAUUACGGAAAACAUUUAUUUGACGAAAGUUUAGUUAACGUUUAUUUGUAUUCGUAUUUAUGGAAAGUAUAGAAAAAUGCAUCUAAAAUAAAUUAGAAAUUUUCAUAUGAUGAGAAAGUAUUGUUUA